AUGAGAGUUAUAGUCAUAUGUGUAAUUUUGAUGGCUGUGUUUUCGAUUGUCUUAAUUGCCAAGCAACCUAUUUCUUUAGGGCUAGUGCUAUUGAGGGGGUCUAUAAUUGCAUGUGUGGAGGUUACACUGGAGGUUAGAAGAUUGUUAGGGUUCUUAUUGUUCCUAACUUACGUUAGGGGUGUAAUAGUCCUGUUCUUGUAUGUUUUAAGGAUCUACCCCAAUGAAGUGUAUCGUUUUAAUCUAGAGUUUAUGGUUCUCGUCAGAAGGUGUUGUGCCAGAGUGGUCCUUAUGGGUCUUAUGAAUUACGAGUACAGAGAAAUUAGCGGGUCUUUGUUUCUAAGUUUCAUGGCUGAAAGAAGCGGGUUAAGGUUAUAUAUCCUAAUAGCUGGUGUGUUACUGUUUGUAAUAUUAGUGGUGUCGUAUUUGUGCAUAAAAACCAUGGUGCCUUUACGAAGAGUAAAAUAA